AUGUCAUCCGUUAAUGGUACUUUGCACGCGGCAGGUGACAGGUCUGUCUCGACUAUUGCUUCCACACUGGGAAGAGUUCUCGCCAUUGCUGGGUGCACCAACUCGGGGAAGACAACUAUCGCUAACCUUCUAACUGAUAAGCUUACUGAAGAUGGCGCAUCGGUCCAUGUUAUUCAUCAAGACGAGUUUUUCUACCCCGAAGACAAGGUUGAGAAGAUUCACCGAAAAAGUGGCAGUCAGCCGAGUUUCUUCUAUAACUACGAUGCCGUGUCUGCUGUAGAUCAUGAAAAUCUUCUCAGCAGCAUUAAAGCGGUAGGUGUGGUCAUUCAAGAUCUACGGGCUUCACUUGCUUAUGACUAUACUGUGGUUGAGGGCAAUAUGUUAACGGAGUGGGUCGAACUCAUUUCGCUGUGUGAUCGUGUAAUGUUCCUCACGCUGGAUCAGGAAACGUGCCGUCGUCGGCGUAGGAGACGCAGUUAUGACCCCCCAGACAUGCCGGGUUAUUUCGAUGAAGUCGUAUGGCCAUCGUAUCAACGACAUCUGCAGAGAGCUCUACUGUUUGCUAGGAAAAGUUGCCGAAUUUCGUUUUAUGACGUCACCACGGAUUCGGACCGUCCUGAUCCAGAAUUUAUGACUUCG